AUGUUGAUGACCAUGGAUAUUACCAUCUCAGGCCUCGCCGUCCUAAAAUACCAUCAUCACAACGCCAUGGCCUCCCCAAGCAACCCAGGCAUCCGCACCCGGUUACUCAUCAUCGCAGACACCCAUGGCAUGCACUACCUCCCAGACACCAAGCCCCUGCAACCCAUCGACGUAGUCAUCCACUGCGGCGAUCUCACCAACGACUCCCAACUCUCAGAAUACAAAACGGCCCUCCACCUGCUCAGCCGCAUCGACGCCCCCCCUCAAGCUCCUCAUCCCCGGCAACCACGACUACACCCUCGACACCCCCCAACCUACCAGCACCUUCUCGACCACCACCAACACCAACACCAACAAGAACAAUCACUCCACGGCCGCCCCGGCGCCACCCACCGCCUCUUCACCACCGCCCAGCACACCCACAACAUCCACUGCCUCUCCCAAGGCACCCACCACUUCCCGCUCGCCAACGGCGCGCACCUCUCGCUGUACGCGUCGCCCUAUACGCCCGCGUUUGGCGGCGCGCCGGGGUUCCAGAUUUUUCCCCCGGGAGGAAGGGCAUGA